CUUCUCUCUCUUUCUUCCUUCUCCCACACUCUCUCUUCACUGGCUCUUGUGGUCCUUCUCUUUAUAACCUCUCUUAUCACUAUCUCCAUUUCUUCACCUCCCUACCUAGCUAAUUACAUUCAACACAUUCCUUCUAUCUCUUCUUCUCUUCUUCUCUUACGGCCGAUAUAUCUAUCUUGUUACCGUUUCCCAUUUGCUCUUUUGGUUCAUCAGAAUACUUCCUUUUACCUAAGCCAGCUGGGACUCAAACUUUCAAACAGACGCGUAACAAAAAUCCGUUUGCAGGCAUGUCUAGCAGAAGGUCAAGGCAAUCUAGUGUUCCAAGGAUAACUGAUGAUCAGAUCAUCGACCUUGUCUCCAAAUUACGCCAGCUUCUCCCUGAGAUUAGUCAAAGGCGCUCCGAGAAGGCAUCAGCUUCCAAGGUCCUACAAGAGACUUGCAAUUAUAUCAGGAACUUGCACAGGGAGGUUGAUGACUUAAGUGAGCGAUUGUCUCAGCUUUUGGCAACAAUUGAUGCUGAUAGUCCUGAAGCAGCGAUAAUAAGGAGUUUAAUUAUGUAAUAUUAAUUAAUUAGAUGAUCAUGGGAACCGGUCCGUAAACCGAUUUAUAUCUAUUUUCAGUUUAAUAAUUUGUUAGUAGACUUUGAUCGCUCAUGGAUCAAACAAUGGUUAGCAUGUAUCAAUUUUAAGAUAUGCUAUAAGAGUUAGGUAAUGUAAGUAAUUAAGUUGGUAUAAUAAAAGGGACUUGCACUAGCAAAGCCUUUUUUAAGCGUAA